CCUUUGCAGUGGGGCUGGAGGAUUAUGUGGGUGGAAUCCACCUUCCCCUUAUUUUUCUAAUUCCGCAAGGCUUUUUUUUUUUUUUUUUUUUAAAUUUUAAAUUAACCUUCCAUCUUCUAAAGCAAGAAAAUGGAACAGCAUGUGUAGGAAUUCUUCAUUGUUGUUUGGGAGCCUUCUCUUGCAUCUGAACUCUGUUCUAAUAAUCCUCUAAGUGUCAUCUCAAGACCUUGGGCACACUCAUGGCACAAUGGCCAACUCUCAGGAGCAGCUGACCUGCUCCUCUUCUCCACACUUACCCUUGAGUGAAAACAAAACCUUCAAUGGACUACAAGAUGAACUCGCAUCUAUGGGGAACCGCACUUCACCCAAGCAAUUUGAGGACCUGCAGGAAAAGGGGGUAGUUCGAACAGAACUAAUUGAGAGCAUCAAUAGCCCCAUCACCACAACAGUGUUGACAAGUGUAAGCGAGGAUUCCAGGGACCAGUUUGAGAAUAGUGUUCUUCAGCUAAGGGAACAAGAUGAGUUGGAGAUGGUUGUAUCUCAAGGGAACAGCAACACCAUGGAUGAAGAGAGCCCGAGUGGAACUGAAGACAUCAAGAUUCAGUUCAGCAGGUCGGGCAGCGGCACUGGUGGAUUUCUUGAAGGAUUAUUUGGAUGUUUAAGGCCUGUAUGGAAUAUCAUUGGAAAGGCAUAUUCUACAGAUUACAAGCUGCAGCAGCAGGAUACUUGGGAAGUGCCAUUUGAGGAGAUCUCAGAGCUGCAGUGGCUGGGUAGUGGAGCCCAAGGAGCUGUCUUCUUGGGCAAGUUCCGAGCAGAGGAAGUGGCCAUCAAGAAAGUGAGAGAACAGAAUGAGACGGAUAUCAAGCAUUUGAGGAAGUUGAAGCACCCUAACAUCAUCGCUUUCAAGGGUGUUUGUACCCAGGCGCCUUGUUACUGUAUCAUCAUGGAAUAUUGUGCACACGGACAACUCUAUGAGGUUUUGCGUGCUGGCAGGAAGAUCACCCCUCGACUGCUGGUAGACUGGUCCACAGGAAUUGCAAGUGGGAUGAAUUAUUUGCACCUCCAUAAAAUUAUUCAUCGUGAUCUCAAGUCACCUAAUGUUCUAGUGACUCACACAGAUGCAGUAAAAAUUUCAGAUUUCGGUACAUCUAAGGAACUCAGUGAUAAAAGUACUAAGAUGUCUUUCGCUGGCACAGUAGCAUGGAUGGCACCAGAAGUGAUAAGGAAUGAACCUGUCUCUGAAAAAGUAGAUAUAUGGUCUUUUGGAGUGGUGCUUUGGGAGCUUCUGACAGGAGAGAUCCCUUACAAAGAUGUGGACUCUUCAGCCAUAAUUUGGGGUGUUGGAAGCAAUAGCCUACACCUUCCAGUUCCUUCCACUUGCCCAGAUGGAUUCAAAAUCCUUAUGAAACAGACCUGGCAGAGUAAACCUCGCAAUAGACCUUCUUUUCGGCAGACACUCAUGCAUUUAGAUAUUGCAUCUGCCGAUGUACUUGCCACCCCACAAGAGACUUACUUCAAGUCUCAGGCUGAAUGGAGAGAAGAAGUGAAAAAACACUUCGAGAAGAUCAAAAGUGAAGGGACUUGUAUACACCGAUUAGAUGAAGAAUUGAUUCGAAGGCGCAGAGAAGAGCUCAGACAUGCUUUGGAUAUUCGUGAACACUAUGAGAGAAAACUUGAGCGAGCUAAUAAUUUAUACAUGGAACUGAGUGCGAUCAUGCUGCAGCUAGAAAUGCGAGAGAAGGAGCUUAUUAAGCGUGAGCAAGCAGUGGAAAAGAAGUAUCCUGGGACCUACAAACGACACCCUGUCCGUCCAAUAAUCCACCCUAAUGCCAUGGAGAAACUUAUGAAAAGGAAAGGCGUGCCUCACAAACCUGGGAUGCAGACCAAACGGCCAGAUCUGUUGAGAUCUGAAGGUAUCCCCAACAUAGAUAUGGCUCCCAAUGCAUCCCCUUUGUCUGGAAGCCCCAAAAUGUCCACCUCAAGCAGCAAGAGCCGGUAUCGAAGCAAACCACGCCACCGACGGGGAAACAGCAGAGGCAGCCAUAGUGACUUUGCAGCAAUCUUGAAAAACCAGCCAGCCCAGGAAAAUUUGUCCCAUCCCACAUAUCUGCACCAAGCUCAAUCCCAGUACCCUCCUCCCCAUCACCAUAAUCCUCUGCAGCAGCAAUACCAGCAACCCCCUCCCGCCACGUCUCAGAGUCACCACCCCAGACUCAAUAUGCAUGGACAGGACAUUGCAACCUGUGCCAACAACCUGAGGUAUUUUGGCCCAGCAGCAGCCCUGAGGAGCCCACUCAGCAACCAUGCUCAAAGACAGAUGCCUGGCUCUAGCCCUGACCUCAUUUCUACAGCCAUGGCAGCAGAUUGCUGGAGAAGUUCUGAGCCUGACAAGGACCAGGCUGACCUUUGGGGCUGUUGUCAGGCUGACCCUUAUGACCCUUGCCUCCAGUGCAGGCCAGAACAGCAUGGGUCCGUAGCCACACCCUCUGCUGAGCCAGCAGGGAGAAGCCCUGACCUUUCCAAGUCACCAGCACACAAUUCCCGCUCAGAAGAUGCCCAGGGUUCUGAGAAAAUGGAAGAAAAUGAAUUCAACAGCUGUAGGUCUGCAUCGUCCCUCGGCACCCCCCAGCAUAUAACCCCCCCAGUGCUACCUCGAAAAACAAGGCCUCUUCAGAAGAGUGGAGAUGACUCCUCAGAAGAGGAAGAAGGGGAAGUAGAUAGUGAAGUUGAAUUUCCACGUAGGCAGAGGCCCCAUCGCUGUAUCAGCAGCUGCCAGUCAUAUUCAACCUUCAGCUCUGAGAAUUUCUCUGUGUCCGAUGGAGAGGAGGGAAAUACCAGUGAUCACUCACACAGCCCUGAUGAGUUAGCUGACAAACUUGAAGACUGCCUCAUGGAGAAGCUGGAGGACCUGCUGUCCCAGACGCCGGAGAUCCCCCUUGAGAUUUCCUCACACUCGGACGGGCUGUCUGACAAGGAGUGUGCCGUGCGCCGCGUGAAGACACAGAUGUCUCUGGGCAAACUGUGUAUGGAGGAACGGAACUAUGAGAAUCCUAUGCAGUUUGAAGAAUCGGACUGUGACUCUUCAGAUGGGGAGUGUUCUGAUGCCACAGUUAGGACCAAUAAACACUACAACUCUGCUACUUGGUAAUGAAAGAAUACCAUGCUGAAGAUCUCAUGAUUAUACUGGCAUUUCAUAUCCACCCCACUCCCAGACUCUUCUUACUCUCUCCCUGCUUUUUUGUCUGGGAAGAGAGCUGCCCCGUCUUUACUACCCCUAGAAAUGAGCUGCAAUAACAGGGACAUGAGGCUUUGCAAAUCUCUGGAAAAAACAUCCAAAUGGAAGUAAGUCUCACCAAACAUUUCAAUCAAGAAUGGCAGGGAUCUAUUUUAUUGAAUAUUCUAGCUACUGUAACAUUGAUAUUUAUUUUUGUUUGACAUUUUAACACUUUGUACUGUAAAGAGUGAACUAUAUAUGAUAUAUAGAGACAAAAACUUGUUGCAAAAGAAAUAAAGAAAAUGAAAGAAUGAGAGAAAGAGAGAAAAAGAAUGGAAUUCAGGAACAACAUCCUUGGGAAUUUGUGGAGCCCGGAGGUGUUAUUGCUGCUUGAACAGGGGACCAGGUCUUUUGGCCAUAAGUGACUGAAGAAGAGCCAGAGCAAGACAUAUUAUGAGUAUUUUAGAAAACAAGUUACAGCAGAAGAAAAGCAAUUCCAGAUAACUUGUGAACAAAUCACUUUAAAUUCAACCAGCUUUUUUCCAGAUGGAUGAUGGAAAUGACCUAGAAACAUUUGGUAACCAGAUCCUUGCACCCAAGGUUUUUGUGGUCAUGUGCUUCCUCUAGGAGGAAACAAACAAACAAACCUGUAUAUGUGGAAGCUGAUUGCAUUUUUAAAACUUUAAGCAGCAUUAGGUAGUGAGACUUACAGAUAGCAUCAAACCUUGUCCUUCACAAAUACUUCCCUCUUUAAUGCUGUCAUUAUCAUUACCUUGACAGAUGUGUUACCUUGACCAAUGUGUUGAUUUUUCAGACAUUUUCUUGUAGCGUAUUUCCUUUCCACCUGUUGACCACGUUCUUUAAGGAUAAAAUGGUGGGUGGUUACUGAGGAAAAGAGAAGGAUAAGAGAAAAAAUCUACAACAGUGUUAGAAAAGCAAAUGUGGAAUUUGUAAAAGUCACUUUCAGAACAUCUCAGUUGAGCUACGUGGAGAAAUGGGAUCACCCCUCUUUGGAGCCAGGUGUCUGUCUGCUAGAGUCAUUUGAUUCAAUGACAGGAGGACAGACUUUGAAGGCAGCUAUGAUGUGUGUGAGCCUGUCCAAUGUUCAAUCCCAAGUCAUCCCCUUGUUUUUUUCAAUAACUCAUUCUAUCUUGGAAGCUUUAAUGACUGGCUACCACUGUCAGAAUAAAGGCAAAAUAAGCAACUUAUAUAAGGCAACCCAUCUCCUGCCGCAAUAGCAUUUUUAUUAAAUGCUGUUUGUAAAAUGUAUUUUACUUCAGUUUGAAUCACUAUAAUAUGUAGUGCAUAGCAGCAGUGUAGUUUAAAAUAAUUGAAUUUGGAACUUUGGGGAAAGAAUGAUGCUAAGCAGAGCUUGGAAAGAUUUUAUGUUGUCAAAGACAUGUUGUCCUUCCUGUCUCCAGUGCCAUGGGUUCGAAAAGCAUCCCAAGGUAUUUCAUGGUGCCUUGGCUUUAAGGAAUUUUUUUUCUAGAAUUUUAUAUACAAACAUGUUGGCUUAGUUCCAUUCUCUGUCUCCAAGAUAGAUUAAUGUCAAGCAACCUCUCUGGGCUCAAGACCAGAAAAAGACCACUAGACUCUUUGGCAUUGCAUCAUGUUUGACACAGAGAAGGACUUGCACAAAGAGGUAUUAAACCAUUUCAAUGCAGAUGAAAAUGUUGCCCUUCCUCUGGGUUUCACUGAUUGCAUCAGCCAAAAAGGAAAGGGGGGGGGGGGAAUUUAGAGCAGUUUCUUUUGCUUGUUUGAUCCCUCCAUUUGUUUACACUUUGUGUUGAGACAUUUGAUUUAAAAUUUAGUGUCUAUAAUUUAUAGCUUUUAGGUAGGAUGAAGGAAAAUGUUUAACUUAUACAGAGAGCAGUAUUGUUUGCAUUAAAUUAUUCCAUUUUGUAUAAAUCCUGUAGCUGGACUACAUGAAAGAUCUUAAGUUAUGGCAUUAUUGUUAUUUUAUUUUAUAAUAAUUAUUAUCAUUCUCAUUUUCUGUUGAUCAGAAGGUGUGGUUUAUGGUGUAGCACAAUGAUUAUGUUGAUUGCUAACCAUGGAUUAUGUGAUUUUUAUGAAGGAAUGAAAAUGGAACUGCCAUCUGGGAGCUCCCUGGUAUUCCCUAAUUUUUUUUGUACAACAAUCAUCUGAAGAUAUGAAUUCUGUCCUAGAGCCCAGUGGAAACAUUGUGAUUUUGACUUGAUCAUGAAAGCUCCUGGGUGGGCAGGUAACUGAGUGAACAGACAAAGAGUUCAAAAGCUGUACACUUUCUUAGUAAGUGUGUAAGUGAAAUAAAAUCAUGGGACUAUGUUAGAAGAAAAAAGAAUUAUUUAAUGCCCUGAGAGAAACAGAUGUAGAAAGUUUUUGCAUGGGAUGCAUGGGUUACAUAGUUUCAGGAAUUGACAGCAUAAUUUGUAGUCAUACAGAUUACAUAAAAUCCCUGCCAGAUCCCACAAAACCAACUUUUUUUUUUAACUUAGUUGGGAGUAGAAGGGAGAUUUAAAAAAAGAAAAAAUAUACAUAUGAGCAUCACAUAAAAUGUCUGUGAUGUCAUCCCAUAACAAGACAGAAGAAUUCUAGAAUGAGACUUAGUCACUUAGAGAGUCAUAGGGCUGGAAAAGUACCUUGAAAGCCAUAUAUUCCACCCUCUGCCUUCAGACGCAUUGCACUUGGAUUCAUUACUCUAGGAAUGGAGAAGCUACAACUUUUUAAGUUGUAAAUCCUCUUUCUGUCCAACAUAAAACAUUGACACUUCAGUUUGUGUGGUUCUUUUUGCCCACCUUCAGUGGCAGCAGAGGAAAAUGAGGGUCAACUUCUAUAUUAUGUUUCCUGUGACUGUCUUCCUAGAAAACCCACACCUGGUACCUCAUAAUUUUGAUCAGUUUUUUUGAAUUCCUGUCUUGGCUCUCUGUCAUGAUGAUGCCAUCCAUAUACCUUAUCCAGAUUAACCGUUAUGAGCAUGUUAGGGUAGUAGAUAGUAUUAUAUCUUCAGUCAUUCAUAGUAUGGUCAAGAGUUGAAUAAAAUUCCACAUGAACAUUUUUACUUUUUUGAGUAGAACUAACUAGAGGCUUCAGAAAAGAACAGUGCCAUUAGUUGAGGUAAGAAAGGAAAUAUCUUCUCUAUCCCAGCCUUGCCCUUCACUGCCUGCCUUGUAAUAACCAGAAAAAUCUUGAAUUGAUGUGUGUUUUUUGGGGGGAACAACUCAACAGUCAUCUAAAGUGUUGAAUCAAGAGCUCAGGGAAUUUAACAGCUAAUUCUUCAGUUCUGACAAAAUGUCACUUGGAACAGGCCAUACCUUCGCAUUAUGCAAACAGUACUUCAAAGAACCUCAUCAGACUGAUUUCAAGCUUCAUCAGUGAUUGAAAGUGUAAUCCCCUUGAGAUGAAUGUCCACAUGUGACAUACAGCAUCUGUUUUUGACUGACUGCUAUAAUGAGUUUUAACUUGUGUUGCAAAUAACCAUUUGGUUCUGAUUUCCAUCUAUUUCUAGAUCAUGUCCUCUGAAGAACAGUUCCUCUUAAAAUUGCUUAGCAGGGGGACAGAAAAGCCUGCAUCCACUUUGAAGUUAUAAUGGACCUUAUCACCACUAAAGUAUAAGUCUGUUUCUAAGAUCAUGGGGAAUUCAAAGUUCGAUCUACUCAGAAAGAUAAAGAUGUUAGCUCUGUUGCAAGAUGAUUUUGAAUGGCCUACUUGAAGGUCAGAUAAUAAAAAACUUUAGUAUCAACAAGUCCAACCUUUUAAAAUUAAGGACAUUUUUAGUAGGAUUUAAAUAAGUACUGGACAUCAUUUCAGGAACUCAUUGAGCAAAAAUUUUCCCCUCUCCCACCCCAAGCAAUAGAUGGUUUGGGUUUCUCCUGGUACCAGCCCAGACUAUUUCAAAUGCCCUCACCCCUCCAUGUGGAGCACUGGCAGCCUUUCAGCAUGAAUGCCUCCUUAUUGAUCCAAUGAUUUACUCUCCUUUUUCUCAUGUCUUCACAUCUCAAUUGCUCCCCUUUUCUUCAAACAUUCGUACUUGAAUUUCCUGGAACAGAAUAUUCCAGAAUAGAACAUAAUAUUUGAAGUACAAGGAAUUACUAUCCUGGGAUGUUUUGUUUUGUUUUUUCAUUUAGCCUCCAUGUAAUUCUCUAAACCAGAAACUGAAACACUUCCAUUUACAGCCAUCCACCAUCUCUACCUGAAACACCCAAGACCUACAUUAUUUAUUGAUCACCAUAUUCUUUCCUACUAAGCCUGGACAUAGCCUCACAACCCCUCACAACCCAGCACUGGAACAACUACCACUUGAUUGGAAUUGAUGUAAAGGGGAAAUGUUUGCCAUCCCAGCUUUAAGCUCAUAAUUGAUUUCCUAAAGAUGGUUUGAGAUCUUGAGUUAGUCCUGAUGGUAAAAUGACAGGAUCACUCAAGUGUUCUCCUUAUGGAUGCCACCUAGGGAUAAUCACCAAGCACACUGAUGGGUCAAAUGCCAAAAUGUCUCUUCAUUCACAUCAUUUCAUUGUGUUGCAUGAGCAUGUUCCUCGCUCACCGUCCUUAAACAAAGUUAAUGUAAGUCCCAGUUACCUGCUUUUUCCUUAGACUCUGUGAGACUAAUGGCACUGAAACAAUGUGACAUUCUUUUCAAGACUUUGACUUGUACUGUCAGUAUGAAUUUAGUGCCUUUCCAGGCAGCAAGAUUUUUCUUCUUAGCUGAUUUCAUAGAAUAAAUGCCCUAGUUAUACUCACAUCACCAGUUACCAGCCUCACAUCCUGUUACUUAACAAUCACGUUAGUCUGCUUGUUUUUUAUGUUACCAAGUGAUACUGCAAAAGCCUGUUUAUACUGGAAAGAACUAGGCUGUCAAGUGGAGGACCCUUUUGGAAGCUGGAACACAUCUCAGGGACAGGUGGCAGAAGAGGGGAGUUCUGAAAUCACUGCUCUGUGAAACAGGAUUAUCCCAAAGGAGUUGUGUUAAGGCUUUUGUUAACUGUCACGUGCCCAGGGCAUGCUGGCAGGAUUUUACACAGAGCCAAGACCACUGUAAGGUAGCUUCCGGCAGAAUUUCAGGCCUGCUCUCGAGCCACUUCACAGCACUCAGGGGAACACUGGCUCCUGGCCCCAGACUACUGUCCAGAUGAAGAGAAUCUUACAAUGGUUACAGGCCAGGGGGAACCCAAGCCAGAAUGUGUGCUAUUAGGAAGAUGCCCACAUUGGCCGUAUCACCCCCGGAUGGCUCUCCUCCUCCAGAGUGACCACUCUUAAGACUCUGGAAGUGGGAAUGCCCACUUUGAUUUUUUAUUGCAAUAACUCGAGUUCCUAUCAAUUUGGAGAAACUAAUUUGUUUUACAUGAUUAAGUCUAAAAUUGAAUGCCCUCAUGUCUCCCCUGCUAUCCCGUACUAUCAGUUCCCUUGCUCCCUGUGUUUUCUGAUGCCGACGCCCUCUUUGUAUUGAACAAUUGUACAGCAAUGGGAACAAGAAUAACUAUCAAAGCAAACAAAUGCAUGGAAUUAAACAGAAUACUUCACUGUU